AUGACAGAAACAGACUCGAGAAAAAAGGGCUUUACCAAAGGCAGAAGUGCCACUUUCAGCAUAGAUGGAUACAACUUCACGAUUGUGGCUAAUGAGGGCGGUGAAACCAACAGCAGGCCACUGGCAAGAUUUGCACGCUCAAAGUCUCAAAGUGCACUAUGGACCACGCUGACAGCUGGGACAGGAAAAAAGGAAAAGGUGAAAGUUCAGAGUGAUAUUCCUGAUGAUCCACGGCGGAUUGAAGAGAUCCUGGCUGAUGAGAUUCCUAUAGAUGGUCCAGAGGCAACAGAAAAAACUGCUGUCAGAUUACGAUGUUUGGUGAAACAGUUGGAGAGAGGAGAAGCGUCUCUUGUGGAUUUAAAGAAAAACCUGGAAUAUGCUGCUUCUGUUCUGGAAUCAGUUUAUAUUGAAGAAACAAGGCGAUUGGUGGAUACAGAGGAUGAGCUCAGUGACAUCCAAUCAGAUUCGGUGCCGUCAGAAGUCCGCGAUUGGCUGGCCUCCACCUUCACACGGCAGAUGGGACUGAUGCUCAGAAGAACGGAGGAGAAGCCGCGAUUCCGCAGCAUCGUACACGCAGUGCAGGCUGGGAUUUUCGUGGAGAGGAUGUACCGGAGAACCUCGAACAUGGUUGGACUAUGUUACCCUCCCCCUGUUAUCGCAGUGCUUAAGAACGUUGAUAGGUGGUCGUUUGACGUGUUCGCUCUGAAUGAGGCGAGCAGCGACCACUCGCUCAAAUUCAUCUUCUACGAGCUCCUCACCAGAUAUGAUCUCAUCACCCGCUUCAAGAUUCCCGUCUCAGCGCUGGUGUCGUUCGUCGAGGCUCUGGAAGUUGGGUACAACAAACAUAAAAACCCCUAUCACAACCUGAUACACGCAGCCGACGUCACACAGACUGUGCACUACCUGCUGCUCAAGACCGGGAUGGUGCACUGGCUGACUGAGUUGGAGAUUUUGGCGAUGCUCUUUGCUGCUGCUGUUCAUGACUACGAACACACAGGAACCACAAACAACUUUCACAUUCAGACCAGGUCUGACACGGCAAUCCUGUACAACGACCGCUCGGUUCUGGAGAGUCACCACGUGAGCGCGGCAUAUCGACUUCUGCAGGAUGACGAUGAGAUGAACAUUCUGUGCAACCUCUCCAAAGAUGACUGGAGAGAGCUCAGGGCGCUGGUGGUGGAGAUGGUUCUUGCUACAGACAUGUCCUGCCACUUUCAGCAAGUCAAAGCCAUGAAGAAUUUCCUCCAACAGCCCGAGGGAAUUGACAAACCCAAGGCACUGUCUCUGCUGUUACACACGGCUGACAUCAGUCAUCCCGCCAAAAACUGGGAUCUACAUCAUCGCUGGACGGCAACACUGCUGGAGGAGUUUUUCCGACAGGGUGACAAGGAAGCAGAACUUGGACUGCCUUUCUCACCUUUGUGUGACCGCAAAUCCACAAUGGUGGCCCAGUCUCAGAUCGGGUUCAUUGACUUCAUUGUUAUUCCCACGUUUACGGUUCUAACGGACAUGACAGAGAAGAUCGUCACUCCACUCAUCGACGAGGCGACGAGUUCAGGUCUCGCUGGAUUCCGCAGAGAUCUCAUCUGUUUAAAAAGUAUAACUUCAGGAGAUGUGAAGCGGAGUAGCGUGAACAGUUCUGGUUCUGAUGGCAGCGCGUCUCUUCUCACCGUGGACCUGACCAACUUUAAAGCCAUCUGGAAUGAGGAGGUUUCUCACAACAGAGAUCGCUGGAAGACGAAAGCAGAUAAAGAGAGUGAGGACAAGGCUAAUCGAGAGACUGAGGAACAGCAGGGGACAUCAGUGCAAAACAAAAAAGAGACCCCAGCAACAAAGCAAGACAGGGAGGCCAAGGACGACCCAGGGAGAGUGACCGGACCUUCAAGAGAAAGUGACCAAUCAUUGGAAAAACAAAAAUUACUUAAUGGAGAAUCACCGGUGUAUGAAGAGAAGAGAACACUUAAUGAAACUGCCUGAUGUGAUUUCCAGUCUGGCUGUCAGAUUCAGAGCUGUAUCCUCAUUUCUAAAGGUGAACGCUGGAUACUGAAGGUACACGGGGUCCUCCAGUG